CGUGGACAGACGUCAGAGGACGGUCACGACAGACACGUUUGAACAACCUUGUUGCCUGGUCUUGUGAAACUUUACUCGCCCCACGUGGAAAAGAUUAUAAAUUGGUCAGUCAAAAAUGCAGUCGAAUAAUAUAGCAAGAUGUUUGAGAGAAGUAUUACGUUUAAUUCCUGCCGACUUCACAGAUUCAGGGCUAAAAACUAUGGCAACGGCGCAACUGAUAGAACAACAACGACAGUCAACGUUUGCGCCUCAUCCGAUGGCGGCAGGAGGGAAGAAACCCAAAUAUCUGAUUGUGGGUUUGGGUAACCAUGACCGUCCUCUGACACGUCACAGCGUUGGCAUGCAGGUAGUGGACAAACUUGCUGGGUAUCUUCAUGCCCCGUGGGUCAAGGACCAGAAGAACUGCGUGGGGUUCGUUGCACAGACUUCGAUAUCGGACAACCUUGAUGUGGUCCUACUGAAACCCAAAAUGCCCAUGAAUGUCAACGGGACAAGUGUGGCCAAAACAGCACAAUUGUUUGACAUAGAACCUCAGCAUAUCUACCUGGUCCAUGAUGACAUUGACAAGUCAUUAGGGAAGGUGGCAGUCAAGGAGCUGGGCAGUGCAAAUGGCCAUAACGGUGUGCGAUCAUGUAUGAAUUCCUUGAGAUCAGAUCUCAUGCCCAGGUUAAAGAUUGGAAUAGACCGGCCUCCCAGCAAAGACGAGGUGUCUGAUUAUGUCCUGUCAGAGUUUUCCUCGUCAGAGCAACAGAUCGUGAAUCGAGCAGUGGACACGUGUCUCGUCACAAUAGCUGAUCACAUGGCCCGCAGAACAGGUGUGGAGCUCCGCAAAGUUUUAAACCUUCCUCAGGCUGAGUCAAAAACCAGACCUGAAUCAAAACGGGAAAUGUGAUCUGGAUUAACUUUAAGAGCUUUAAAUUUAUUAAAUACAGCACAACAAUGCAAAUGUGAUGUGGACAAAACGGAACUGAAUUUAAACAGACUAAGGGACAGCUGUGCAACUGCAUUCUGUGUGUGGUGAUUGGAAAUAUUUGUUUACUUUCACCUUCAUAGCUGAAAUGAAAGGCUGGAGUUAUGAAUUUGGGAACAUCUGUCAUUAGGUAGAAUGCUUCUGUUAAAACUGUGCAUACGUCUGUUUUCAGUAAGAUUUUGAUGUUGUAUAGCACAGAAAAGCGCAAGUUUCAGAUACAUAUUUUUUUUUUUCUCAUUCUGUGUGAAAGGUGGAUUUAUUUGUCUGUGUGAGUUUAUAAGAGGAGGUUAGUCAACGGUUUAAAUGUUCUCAUUAUUGCCUUGUGCUGUGCGAUUUUUUUGUUACAUAAAAUUGUCUUUCAUCCUGAUAUGUCCUAUGGAUUUUAAUGCCCGUCCUAAAUAAUUGUCUUAAAUUGAUCAGUAAUAUGAUCUUGGACACUUUUAUAGUAUUUAAUGUUCAUCAGAUCCAUUUAAAUACAUGUUCGCAAUUCAACAGUCUUUACCAUAUAUCCCAUCAAUACAUAGCCAUUGUCUGUAUUUUUUUCUUUAUAUAUUGUUUCUUUUCAAAUUUAUUGCCUAUUGAGAAUGCCAGUGUGAUAGACAUUUGAAUGUCCUAGCUUAUGUAGGACUUAUGUUCGUGAAGGAAAUUUUUCAGCAUUUGAGGAAAACUGACAUUUUGGUUUCCUAGUUAUCUUGUUAUUACACACUUUUCAGUUCUGAUAUAGGUGAUAUUUUUAUUGGAGGAAACUGCAAUAGCCAGGUUCCUCAUAAGACAAAGCCAUCAGAAGAAAUGUGUGUAUUGGGCUAAUGGUGUUGCUCCUGAUUUAUGUUUAAAACUUACUUGCCAAGGAAUUGAGCUGGAGAAAAGAUUAUUUAUCCUAUAAGUGCAUUAAAUUUGUCAAAACUUUGUUUUUAUUAUAUUUCCUGUUACAUGAAAGAUACAACCUUAACAUUUGUGAUGCUUGAAAUACCUGUUAACGUCUCAUCAUUUCAAGUUGUAACUGAAAUAAUGUAAUGUAUGAUUGUUGAAAAUAAAACAUUAAGCUAAUUAGA